CGAAAGAAGAAUCAUCUCUCUCAAAUAAAUACACCUUCAGAUUUUCCCUCUUCUCAAAUCUCUCUUUCUUCUUAAUUCUCUGCAAUAACAAAAAGAAAAAAUGCCCACCACACUUGGAAGAAAUCUCCAUUUGUGCUUCACCAAGAUCAAACGUCCGCUAAGCCCCCAAUCAUCUCCUCCCUUCCACCACCGCCCUUCGUUUCUCUUCAAAAGCUUCAACUCUCUUUACGACUACGACACCACCAACGUCGCCUUUGACUCAACCUCCAAAUCCAUUACCCGCACGCAUUCCUCCGACUCCGAAUCCGAACCCGACUUCGCCACCGUUUUCGCCUCCCAACGCUUCUUUUUCGCCUCCCCCGGUCGCUCUAACUCCAUCAUUGAAUCGACGCCGUCCCUCGACACUGCUGAGUCUUCCGAUACACCGAUUGGUAUGAUCAGCCCGAGGAAUGACGACUCGAACCAAUCAUCAGAUGUUAAUUUAUAUUCCCAAGAUUCGUUUCAAUCUUUAUUGAUGAAGUCUACGAGUGUUAAAGACAGUGUGGCUGUCCACACCGACUCGCCGGACCCGUACAUGGACUUCCGGCGAUCCAUGCAGGAGAUGGUGGAGGCACGUGACCUGGUGGACGUGAAAGCGAACUGGGAUUACUUGCACGAGCUUCUUUUAUGUUACCUAGCGUUGAAUCCGAAGAGCACACAUAAGUUCAUUAUAUCAGCUUUUGCUGAUCUUCUGGUGAGUCUUAUGUCAUCAACAUCGAACGAUAUGGAGGAGGAGGAGGUCAGCUGUAGUAGGGAAUGUGAGUAAGUUGUUGGAGUCGUGGACGGCGGCGGUGGAGGUGGCUGAAGCGGCGGGUUUUAGGAAUAAUGUAAUGAUUACCUUAUUAUCUUGGUUAAAGAUUUAUUUAGCAAUGCAUAAUAUAUGUGGGAAACUACAAGAUUUGGUCC